AUGUCAUUCAUAUCGUCGUCUGGAUUAGACUCUUUGCUGCCCCAGGCGCAUCGCGCCUUUGGCGCAAUUCCAUAUGCGUUCUACAUUCUUUUACCUCUUUCUAUAUUGUUCGAAUGGCUUCUUAAUGCCUAUCGAUCUCGCCCGCGGCCGCUUCCGGGCUUCCCUCUUGUCGAGCCAGACGGAGACAACUCGCGUUCUGGACGUACCUUCUCCAAGCAUGCGAGGCAAUUGUUGCUCAAAGGGGUGCAACAGUACCCCGAGCGACCAUUCCAGGUCAUGACCAGCAACGGUCCCAGGAUCGUGCUCCCGAACAAGUUCGCAGACGAGAUCAAGGAAAGACCCGAGCUGGAGUUUUUCAACAACUUUGGCUUGCCGUACCGAGGCUUCGAGGCGCACAAAGACUCCUUCGAAGGCAAAGAUGGCAUACUUCCAAGGACGGUCAGGACAAAGUUGACGCAGCGGCUGGGAUUGAUAACGGGAGACAUGGCUGAGGAGGCCAGCGAAGCCUUGCAAGAGGUCUUUGGCGACGAUCCCGAAUGGCACGUGUCCGCUAUCAAGUCGGACGUCCAGGAUAUCGCAGCCAGGAUUAGCUCAAGGGUGUUUUUGGGCCGAGAGCUUGCGCGGAAUGGCGAAUGGCUCCAUAUCGCAAAGGCGCACACCUUUCAAAUCUACAGAGCCGUCUUGCAAAUCAACCAAAUCCCCAAGCCAUUGCGGUGGCCGUUGCAGUGGUUUCUCACUAACCUCAAGGCACUCAGGCAACAAGUCCGUGAUGCCGAGAGGGUCAUCGCGCCGGAGACGCAGAAGCGCGCCCAGAUGAUGGAGGAGGCCAAGCUCAGUGGUGAAAAGGGCCCCAAGUCGAUGGAUGCGCUGUCUUGGAUCCUAGAAGUGGGCGAAGGAAAGAAGUUCAACCCUGCACAUGUGCAACUGGCGUUGAGCAUCGUGUCCAUCAACACUGCCGGCGAAGUCAUGGCGCAGGCCGUGAUGGAUCUAUGCCAAUAUCCUGAUUUGGUCACAGAUCUGAGAGAUGAGAUCAUCCGCGUGGUGAAGGAGAACGGCUGGCAGAAGUCGACUUUCUAUCAACUAAAGCUGAUGGACAGCUUCUUGAUGGAAAGCCAGCGGGUACACGCGCUGAAUUGGUACAGGAUGAAGCAGCAUGUGAGACGAACGGUCACGCUGUCGGACGGGACGGUCCUCCCGGCUGGAGCCACGGUCUCGGUGGCUGCGAACACUUCCGCAGAUCCGGCUUACUUUCCAGAGCCGGAGAAGUUCAUCCCAGACAGGUUCCUCAAGCGGCGGGAAGAGCCGGGACAAGAAAGCAACUGGCAGUUCGUGAGCCUGCACCCUUCGCUCAUGACCUUCGGCUACGGACAGCACGCCUGUCCGGGGAGGUUCUUCGCGGCGGCUGAGAUCAAGACGUUUCUUUGCUUCUUGAUCUUGAGGUACGACCUGAGGUUCCUCAAGGGAGAGGGCAGACCGAAGGACGGUAACAUUGAGGGCGUCGUGUAUGUGUUGCCCACUGCGAAGAUAGAAAUGCGCCGAAGAAAGGAGGAGAUUCGGCUAGAAGAUGUUUGA